CGCUUCGUGAAAUAUAAAUGCAAGAAAGAGAGCUCAAUAAAAACCUUCCAGCCGUCAGUCUAGGAGGAUAAGAGCAAGAUACUCUUAACAAGUGUGGGAAAUGGCUUUCGGAGUUCCAAUGACAGUCUACUUCUUAUUCAAUGCAAUGACAGCCCUGACUGAAGAGGCAGCCAUGACUGUAACAGCCCCAACCACAACCCAGCAAAGUAACUGGACAGUUAACACAACUGAAGCUGACUACACAGAAGGACCCAUUGCCUUGAAGUUCUCACGUCACUGCUUGGAAGACCACCACAGUUACUGCAUCAAUGGUGUUUGUGCAUUCCACCACGAGCUGGAGAAAGCCAUCUGCAGGUGUUUUACUGGUUAUACUGGAGAAAGGUGUGAGCACUUGACCUUAACGUCAUAUGCUGUGGAUUCUUAUGAAAAAUACAUUGCAAUUGGGAUUGGCGUUGGACUAUUAUUAAGUGGUUUUCUUGUUAUUUUUUACUGCUACAUAAGAAAGAGGUGUCUAAAAUUGAAAUCACCUUUUAAGGUCUGUUCCAGAGGAAGACCACUGUGAGACUGUAAGAAAUUUUCAUGAGGCAUUUGUAAAAAUCAGUGGGCCCAAGACUGAAAUCUCCAAGUGAAACAACACAACUUACCAAGCUGACUAGACUUGAAAAUAAUAGAAGUUGGGAUCAUGAUGAAACGAGAGAGUACAUGUCAACGUUGGUCCUCAGACUUGGCCAUCGUGAGGGUGCCAUGGGAGCCACGGGAGCAAGCUACAGGGACAGAAGUCAAGUCCAGAGUCCCACUCUGGGUUUUCUGCUUUUGUGUGGUUAUUGCUCUUACUGCAGAGAGACUGAGUUUUAUGCUUCCAACCAUGUCAGAUGUGAAUUUUCAUGGGAACAAUCAUCAACCUUGCAGCAAGUUACAGCAAUGCCAAGCUUGGGUUCUUCAUUGUGCUCGCCACCAUUAUUCUGGACCACUGUUCUACGGACUGAAUCCCAAAUAUGCUGCUUUCAUGAUGUCUAAAAGAAUGUGAUGUCAACUAUUAGGACGAAAUCAGUAUUAUAGCACCUCCAGGGAACAAACGUGUGCCUGAAGUUUAGCCAAGGAAAAGAAAAUUGAAUGUCCAAGGCAAACAUAAAUCAUAUCCAGCUGGUGAUAACACUGUGAAAUAUGGAAUAAGCUAAAAAGUUUCUAAUGACUGAAAGCUAUAUGGAUAUUGAGCCCUGAGUAGGCAAAACAUUUCUAUUUUUACAUGGAUUAUAAAGCUUUCUGUCGGACUCACUGGUCAUCGAAUGUUUAUGUUCAUCACUUUCUCCCACUGUUAGUGGAAUUACCUGACGACUAUCUAUUUGCACUUAAAUUCUAAAAUUCUACUAAUAAAUAAAGUUCUACAAUUGGUUCUGAAAUAGAAACUGAAGAAUUGGACACAGGAAUUUUUUCAGCAGCCAACAGCAUGUGGAAACUUUCUUUACCAUUUCUGAAUACUCGAUAGAGGAUGCACAUGUAGAGAUAGACAAUGGAACAUUGGUAGAAACACCAGUUUGGGAAUAUUAAGGUUCUUCCUCUUUAAUCAUAUUUCCUCCACCUAACUGGAAAAGUUUUGUGCAGGUCCCUUCAUUUCUUUGGGCUUUGAUUUCAUUUUCUACAAAGUCCUUCUGGCUCUAAAAUUUGAUAGUAAGAAAAGAGAGACAAUUUUCCAUACCUGUGUUGCAAGUGGGACUAUUCUCAGCCCAUCUCUGUCCCCACCCUCACCCCUAACUCAAAACACAUCAUUAGAUAUCAUCUUAUGUGUAUAUUUUAGUGUUUGAUUUGUGAAAUAAUAAUUUAAGAAUUUGUUUUUAAAGGAAGUAAAACAUGAAA